UGAACAACAGCUGUGCCACCUGCAUGAGAGGCUUUUUCAGAGCCAGUGUGUGGCACACGUAGCACUUCCUGUUGGUGACUGAUGCAAUGGGAGCUAUUUGGGCCUUCUUCGUUUGUGUCCUGACUGUUUGGCUUGCCAAAGGCUCUUGUUGGCCAGUUGGUGGGACAAAUAAAAGGAAUGAUCAUGGGCUUCAGAGUAAGAUGGAAGAUUUGUCUCCUAAUGAGCUCUCAUUAAAGAAGGCCAUUGCACUUCUCCAGUCGAUGGAAUCCAUGUUGGAGCAAGAGGCUAAGGCAGCUCUCUCACUUUCAGUACAACUGGAAACCAAUGAUGUGGAAGUGGAGUCAUCGGUUGGCCAUGUGAAACUUGUACAGACCCUGAACAGACCAAAACAGCUAAAAACUGAGAAGGAUGUCCUUGUAUGCACUGCCAUGGACUGCGGCACCUUCCCUGGUGCAGCCAGAGGCGGGAGCAGCAGCAGCAGCAACAACGGCAGCAUGGCUGAUGGUGGUGGCGGCAGCAGCAGCAACAACGGCAGCAUGGCUGAUGGCGGCAGCAGCAACAACGGCAGCAUGGCUGAUGGUGGUGGCAGCAGCAGCAACAACGGCAGCAUGGCUGAUGGCGGCAGCAGCAACAACGGCAGCAUGGCUGAUGGCGGCGGCUGCAACAGCAAUAACGGCAGCUGCAGCGCUUCCGACAGCAGCGUCCCUGGUGCAGCUGGUGGCAGGAGCAACAACAGCAGCCACCACGCUGCCCACAGUGACAGCAGCAAUAGCAACAAUGGCAGUGCUUCCGACAGCAGCAGCAACAACGGCAGCAUGGCUGAUGGCGGCAGCUGCAACAGCAAUAACGGCAGCUGCAGCGCUUCCGACAGCAGCGUCGCUGGUGGCAGGAGCAACAACAGCAGCCACAGCGCUGCCCACAGUGACAGCAGCAAUAGCAACAAUGGCAGCGCUUCCGACAGCAGCAGCAACAACGGCAGCAUGGCUGAUGGCGGUGGCAGCAACAACGGCAGCAUGGCUGAUGGCGGUGGCAGUGGCAGCAACAACGGCAGCAUGGCUGAUGGCGGCGGCAGCAACAACGGCAGCAUGGCUGAUGGCGGCGGCAGCAACAACGGCAGCAUGGCUGAUGGCGGCGGCAGCAACAACGGCAGCAUGGCUGAUGGCGGCGGCAGCAACAACGGCAGCAUGGCUGAUGGCGGCGGCGGCAGCAACAACGGCAGCAUGGCUGAUGGCGGCGGCGGCAGCAACAACGGCAGCAUGGCUGAUGGCGGCGGCAGCAACAACGGCAGCAUGGCUGAUGGCGGUGGCAGCGGCAGCAACAACGGCAGCAUGGCUGAUGGCGGUGGCAGCGGCAGCAACAACGGCAGCAUGGCUGAUGGCGGCGGCAGCAACAACGGCAGCAUGGCUGAUGGCGGCGGCUGCAACAGCAAUAACGGCAGCUGCAGCGCUUCCGACAGCAGCGUCCCUGGUGCAGCUGGCGGGAGGAGCAACAACAGCAGCCGCAGCGCUUCCAACGGCGGCAUCUUCCCUGGCAAUGGCAACGGCGGCAUCUUCCCUGGCGGUGGCAAUGGCAACGGCGGCAUCUCCCCUGGUCGUGGCAAUGGCAACGGCGGCAUCUUCCCUGGUCGUGGCAAUGGCAACGGCGGCAUCUUCCCUGGUCGUGGCAAUGGCGGCACCUUCCCUGGCAAUGGGGGCGGCAACGACAUCAGCCGCAGCGGUAGUGCAUCUAUCACCAGCAAACCCCAGAACUAAUAACUGCUGUGACCACACUGAUAAAGUAGGGAACAGGGUUGCGGAAUCAUGCAAGAGCUCAGUUUAUUUCUGUAUGUCCCAAGGUUUCUGCUUUAAAUAAAAACUUAACUGAC